CGCAAUUCUGGCACCGAUUCACGUGCGUUUCCGCACCGCCGAUUCCAGUCGCGUAUAUUUCUGCGUUCCGCACGUCAGCGUCGUCACCGAGCAUGCUUGCGACAUGGCAAAGCACCGCAUGGCAGCCUGAAAAGCCACCUUAUCCCAACACACAGCGCGCACUCUCGCAGUAUGAUGUUUUACAGCUUUAGAGGCCUGUCAAAGACGUGUAUGGAACAUAGAAAUCGCCAUGUUAGGCUGUUGGCUUCCGUCGGUCGGCUAUGUAAAGAAGCCCGAGGUCGAUAGUGAUCAGAGAAUAAACGUCCGUGAAAUGUAUUUUGGGUGUCCGAUGCGACGCGCAUCCUGCACCUACUGACGGUUCUAGGACGUUCCAGACCGCCGAAAAGUGAAACACCGCGGAAUGAACUACUAUUCUC